AUGUCACGGAUACUCAAUUGGGACGAGUUAUCCCAAGCAUCCACGUGGCAACUCAAAAAGUGCUGCAAUAAGGAGCAGGUGGCGUUCAUGAUCACUGUCUCUGUUUACAGCAUCGUGAUUUUGGUGCUAUGGAGAACAUUCUUGCUGAAACCGUUUAAGCUUAUAACGGUAUUUCUGCAUGAGUUAAGCCAUGCCUUGGCUUGUGUUCUAACAUGUGGCAGUGUGGAAGGAAUGGAGGUUCAUUCCGACGAAGGUGGAGCCACCAAGACCCGUGGAGGCUUGUACUUAUGCAUCUUGCCAGCUGGAUAUCUUGGUUCAUCAUUUUGGGGCAUGCUCUUCAUCCUUGCAUCCACCAACCUUGUUUCUACCAGAGUUGCUGCUGCUUUUUUUAUUGCUGCUCUUUUUCUUGUCCUCUUCAUUGCAAGAAAUUGGAGUCUUGGAGGAUUAUGUGUUGGAUUUAUAAUAUUCAUCGGAGGAACAUGGUAUCUGCAAGAGACAACCCCAGUUAAAAUACUACAAUUCAUUAUCUUGUUCAUAGGUGUAAUGAACAGCUUGUUUUCCAUUUAUGAUAUUUAUGAUGACCUAAUAUCGCGAAGAGUAAAUACAAGUGAUGCAGAAAAAUUUGCGGAAGUGUGCCCUUGUUGCUGUAAUGGCGUUGGAUGGGGUAUCGUUUGGGGUUUCAUAUCAAUCGUAUUUCUUUGUGGAGCUAUGUAUGUGGCUACCGUGAUCUUGUCACAAUGA